CGUUAGAAAUGGCCUCAUAAUCUUGACGGUAACAAGGAACGCCACCUCAUCAUCGGAGCUACAUAAACUCCGUCCAUGCAAAAUUUCAAGGUUGGUUAGUCCCACUAUUCCUAGUUAAGCCCACUAGCCCACUUAGGCCCUUAGGUUAAGUGGGACCAACCUUAUCUUAUCGGUAUCGGCAUACUCAAUUGAUUUUUUUUUUUUCUUCAUAGUUGUACCGUCUAGCUUUCUCACAAACCACGGCGCUUGUGGAGGCCAAUUCUUGCUUGCGAAGAAUUAGUUGCUCAGAUCUUCUGCCGUCGGUUUAAUUGCUUUGAAAACUAGUCGGCUCCCCAAUCAUCCCAACGAAACCUGCAAACAUGUCGAAGCAUCGCCUCGAAGAUGCCGAAGAGGUAGAAGCCGGAGCCAUUUCGCGCAAGAAGUCCAAGAAAGACAAGAAGGAGAAGAAGGAGAAGAAGGAUCGCAAAGAGAAAAUACGAGACGCCAACACGGAAGACUCAACUCCAGUAGAUUCUGCAGUGGAAGCCACAGUCCCAGAGACCAACGGCGAAACGAAAUCGAAAAAGAAGGACAAGAAAAAGGAAAAGAAAGAAAAGAAAAGGAAGCAUACAGAGGAUGAGGUUGCAAAUAGCAAUGGAGCAGACCCAGAACAUGUGCCAAAAAGCGAGGAGGUAGAAGAACAAGUCGCAACUGCUGAAACCGACGAAGUACCGUCUCGCGACGAAGUGGACUCGGAUCGCAAAUCCAAGAAAGAGAAGAAGAGUAAAAAGGAUAAGAAGGACAAGAAAGACAAAAAGAAGCGCAAGACAGAAGAAGCAGAGUCUAAUGGUGUCCUCAACGGACAUACCAACGGGGACGUACCAGAGACUACGAAUGGAACUACCGACGCUCCAGCUUCUUCGAACACGCCACAAACAUACGAGCAGACAGCGGCUUUAUCCGCCGUCCCAGAGUCCGACAUUACGACCUUCCUAAGCACUCACGAAAUCACCGUUACCGAUCCCCUUUCUACCAAACCCCUCCGUCCCAUCAUAGAAUUCGCCCACCUACCAUCCUCCGCUCUAAUCAGCAAAAACCCGUUCGCCUCCUUCAAAGCCCCCACUCCCAUCCAAGCCGCAUCAUGGCCCUUCGGCCUCUCCGGCCGGGACAUCGUCGGCGUAGCAGAGACGGGUUCAGGAAAGACCAUUGCCUUCGGGCUACCCCUCAUCUCCGCCGUACUAGGGAUGCCCAAGUCCAAGGGUAGCGGGAGGAUACGCGCAGUCGUAGUAUCGCCCACGCGCGAGCUCGCAAUGCAGACAAACGAGCAACUCGCCAAGCUCGGUGAUCUCGUCGGCCUAAAAACCGUAUGUGUCUACGGCGGUGCGCCAAAAGACGACCAGCGGGUUCUAUUGCGCAAGGCAGACGUCAUUGUCGCGACGCCUGGUCGCUUAAAGGAUUUCCUCGACGAGGGUGCCGUUAAGUUAGAUGACGCUAGGUUCGUAGUACUAGACGAAGCCGACCGUAUGUUGGACAAGGGAUUUGAAGAUGAUAUCAAAAGGAUCAUCGGAUGUACGCCGAGGAAAGGAGAGCGCCAGACGCUCAUGUUCACCGCGACGUGGCCGCAGAGCGUACAAGCUCUUGCUUCUACUUUCAUGGUAUCGCCCGUUAAGAUCCAAAUAGGCGGCAACGAGAGCGGUGACUUACAAGCGAACACAAGAAUCGAACAGCGUGUCGAGAUUGUGGAUCCUCGCGGUAAGGAACAGAGAUUAUUACAGCUACUCAAGGCUCAGCCUAGGAACGAGCGAGUCCUAGUUUUCUGUCUGUAUAAGAAAGAAGCUACUCGCGUCGAAGGGUUCCUUCAACAACGUGGUAUCAAGGUUGUGGGUAUACACGGUGACUUGAGACAAGAGCAGAGAACUCGAAGUUUGGAAGCAUUUAAGACGGGACAGACACCUGUUCUAGUCGCAACGGAUGUCGCUGCGCGAGGUUUAGAUAUCCCCGAAGUUAAACUCGUGAUUAACGUCACAUUCCCGCUCACAAUUGAAGACUACGUUCAUCGUAUUGGCCGUACCGGACGAGCAGGCAAAACCGGACAAGCCAUCACGCUCUUCACCGAGCACGAUAAGGCGCAUUCUGGAGAGCUUAUCAAUAUCCUCAAAGCCGCGGGUCAGCCAGUACCAGAAGACCUAAUGAAGUUUGGUACCACCGUUAAAAAGAAGGCGCAUGGUACUUACGGAGCAUUCUUCAAGGACGUUGACAUGACGAAGAAGGGCACUAAGAUCACAUUUGAUGAUUAAGGGGGCAUUAAGGCGACACGCACUAUUUUCUAUGGGACGGCUAUAUCCACACGUAGACGUUACCUUGUUGUCUGGUUUCGGCCGCGGACGGAAUGG